AUGAGUGAUAACAUUUAUCAGAUAAAAUUAAACUUUUGCCAACUUACUCUUGAUGAAUUAAAUAAUCCUUAUAUCCAUAUCUAAAAUGGGUGCUAAUUCAAUCUAAAUUAAAUUGAUUAACAAAUAUUAAGCUAUUGCCCAGUUUGCGAAUCUAAUACAAACAAAUAAAAUAAUAAUUAAAACUAGUAAAAAUAAUCUCAAUUAAUAUUUAGUGAUGAUAAAAUCCAAUAGGAUGAUCAAUUAUUAAUUUAGCUUGAAUAAAAAAAUGAGAGAUAAUUAGUUUAUAAUAAAACCAAUAAUACUCUCUUCUUUAUGAAAAGGAGAAAUUAUACUAAUGACAUUAUCAGCAAAAAUGAAGAAGUAAAAGAUUUAUAAAAGAAGUUUUAUUCAAAUUUGAGAAAAAAGCGUAUUACAUUAUAACAAAUUUAAGAAAUUAGUUUAUAAGUAUAUUAUAUUUAUUAUUAUAGAGAAAUCAAUAAUAUAUUUCUUGUUUGAAAAAUCUUUCAGAUUCAUAAAAAAUACCUAUAUUAAUGGCAGUAAUUAAUCAUAGAUUAAUAUUAUUUUAUCAUUUGUACAAAUUGAAAGUGGAAUUAACUUUAUUGGAUGUAACAACUCCUAAAAUAAGAUAAAGAGUAGGAUUAAAUCAUGGAGUUUUAUAAUAAAUGAUGCUUGUUGAAAACAAUAUAUAUUUUCUUUAUUUGAAAUAGAAUGUAUCAAUACUAUUCAUAGGAGAUUUUUAAUAAAUUUUUACAUUUCAAAAUACUGAAGAAAUUUAAUUUCAAAUAAAAUAAAUGCCAAUUUUUAAACUUGAUGGCCCAUCUAAAUUAAUUUAUACUAAAGAUAAAGAACUUAUCAUGAUGGGAAGUAAGAUAUAUUAAUUAUAUUAUUUUAGAUAGAUAAUAUUUUAACAUUACUAAACAAACAAAUUAACCUUAUGCACAUUUUUUGGAUUCUUUGACUAUUAAUACCUAAAGUAAUUAUUUUGAUAAUAAUUAAAUUCUUAUUGUGAAUUAGGAAGAAGACAAAUAGAGCUAUAAACAAAACCUACUUUUCUUUUGUUAUGAUCUUUCAAAACCAAAUUAUUAACAAGAUCCUAAAAAUACUUUAUAACUACUUCCUGUUUAUUAAAAAUUUGAUAAUUUUUUUUCAACUAGUGAUAAAAUGAUUUUGUUUUAAACAUAGGAAUUAAAUAAAGAAAAAUCUUAAAUUAUAUCUAUUACAAGUUGGCUCUCCUAUGCUUAAUAAACACCUCCCAUAACCUAAGAUAUCAGUAUAAUAAAUCAUCAGAGUUAUAUGUAACCUAUUAAAGUUGUUUCUACAUAAAAAUGUAUGAAUAAUAUAACUUGCUUAUUGAUAGGAAUGAGAUUGCCAAGGAAGUAAUUAAUUAAACAAUUAAAUUAGUGAUUUGUAAUAAACAGAUGAUGAAUCAGAUGUCUUCCCAGCAUUAUUAGUAUACAAUCAUUAGGCAUCAUCAUUUGAAGUUGAGCUUAUUUGA